AUGACUGAUAAACCCAUUGAUUAUUCCAAGCAAGCUUGUCACUCUGAAGCUUGUGCAAUUCAAAAUUGUUUGCAACGCAGAGGCUAUGACGAAUCGAAAUGCACCGUUUACAUUGACCAGCUUUACGCGUGUUGUGCCAGUUUUUACAGACAACAACAAGACGAAUAUCUUGCCAAACAAGCCACUAGCGACAAUGAUGACAAUCCAUUUGCCAUUGGUGGGUCUGGGAAAAGCUGUGACAACCAGAAUAAUAAUAAUAAUAAUAUUGUGGUGGCUGAAGAAAGUACAGUUGGACCUGGAUUUACAUACAAAAGAACAGUUUCAUGUCCAGUACCAGCUUUGUUGCAACUCAAAAUCGCACAGAGACUUGCGGAUGCACAUGUAGAUGCGCGGCUUGCAGAUGUUGUAAAACAUAGCAAGGCCGGGCGUGAAGAGUAA